GAGUCAGCAAAAGAUUUCGUAGUAUAGCUAGCCCGAUACUCCAUUCCUCGAUGAAUUUAUCGUGGGAUUCCGCCUCUGGCGAAGCCCCGACCUCCUUCGCAUUCACCAUAGAUCUCGAGAAACGCGCUCCAUGGAAACGCUACUUACGCUCUAUGCACAUCGCUGGAAUCUUUGAGUGGAAUCAAACUAGGUACUGGGCCGUGACUAAGAUUGGACGGGAGCUGGCGGAGUGCACAAGUGUUUCUGAAUUCAGGUUUGCCCCAUUGUCCUACCUUCCCUUCGGAAAGGCGGCUGCAGGACUGAUAGAAAAGAUGGCUCUGCAUGGAGGGACCACCACCGGCGCUGCUUGACGCGGUCUUGGCCUUCGGAAACAUCCGGGCUUUAGAACUUGUCUCGUUUUACCACGGCGACCCACCACUGGAUGCCUUCAGCACUGUGUCUUCGCUGGACUACCUCUUGGAAAUGAUGCGGGAAAAUGAUUAUCCCCGCUUGCGAGAACUUAGGCUGGCCCCGAUCUAUUCGGAAGAUAGCUUGCAGAACCUUGGCGAGACGAUCAGCAGAUUGAGUCUCGACAAGCUAGUCGUGGUGGGGCGGACCGUUGAGAUUUUUCCGCUUCUCAAACUCAAAAGUUUGGUAGAGUGCGCAAAAAUUGGCAGUGACCAACCAUGGGAUCAAUGUUAUGUCGGCUUCGAUUUUAAAGAUACCUUAACAUCCCCUGGAACCCUCUUGAGUGCGGGGAAUCUGAGGAGUCUUGUGCUUCAAGAUUGCACAAACAUCAACGAGGUGCUAUCCAGGCUGGGGGAGCGGAGUGAAUCCCUUAGAAUCCUAGAUUCCUUAAAUAUCGAGUACGGGAGGAGAAUGCAGCAUGAUAACCCUAUCAGAGCCAUAGAGACCGCGAACUAUCCCGCGGGGGGACGCGUGGAAGUCGAAGCGGGUCGAGCAGAUUGCGAGAUCCACUUGAUCGAUGCCUGCAGGUCUCUGGUGCGGUUGGAGCUCGACCUCUCCUUCUUUAGUGUUUUGGAGGUCCUAAGAAUGCUGGACGCAAUCGAAAAUUCUAGAGAAACCCUCAAAUACCUACGCCUCAACGUUUCAAGAAACUUACACUGGCUGAGAAUAGGGCUGACGGGACUCACUAUGAAUUCGAGAUUCUUCGAAAUGCGAUACAUAGACCAGCUGAGCACAUUCCGGAAUCUCCGCCAACUUAGCAUCUGCCUUUGUUUCUCGCCGAAAAAGAUCUCCCGAGUGUGCAGUGCUCUCCCACCUGGCCUCGAGCUGUUGGAACUCUCGUACUGGAAUAUAGAGCAUAGUUCCGGCCUAGUCGCGCGGGAGUUGAUGUUAAUGACAUACGCAUUAAAACGCAGAGCAGUGGAUUCUACGGCGGGAAGGCUUCCUUUGAAGUGUAUUGUACUAACGGAGCUAGGGGUUUGUUCGGGGGAUGGUUUGGAUGUUAGAGUAUGGGUGGUUGAUGAGGGGAGUGGAAGGUUUUUCCUGUAUGACGAGGGGAUGCUGGAUUUAGAUAUUGGAGGGCAAAAUUUUUUCGAGUUUGCGAAAAUUGAACUGGGAAUUACGCCGGACGCGUGGUAAAGGAAACGGAGUGAGUUGAACCUUUUUGUGAGAGUGAAGCUUGUACUAUUGGCACAAUGUUUCGGUCCAUGGUCGAUUGAUUGAUUGAUUGAUUGAUUGAUGGGAUGGUUAUUUCUUGUAACAAAGUUAUUGCGUCACAUAAAUUGUAGGACAUUAAGCGUCUGUACCAC